GGCUGUGUGUGUGUUUGUGUGUGUUUCACACUCAGGCUGUGUGUGUGUAACAGAAACUUGAAUGAUUUGGGAUCACAGAGCUCAGUGAACGUGAAAAAAGCUGCUUCUCAGCUUCCAGGUUCGUCUCUUGGCCCGAGCUCCUCCUCAUCCCCGUCAUGGAGACGUUGUUCCUCAUCUUUGUGAUAUUUCUGGAGAGAAAGAUGUUGGAAUCUGCAGAGGGUGCGAGGGUGAGGCUGGUGAACAGCGGCAGCCCGUGUGCCGGGAGAGUGGAGGUUUACUAUGGAGGACAAUGGUGCACAGUGUCUGGCGAUGGCUUUGGUGCCUCUGGUUGGGAUAUGUUGAACGCGGCUGUGGUGUGUAAGGAGUUGGGCUGUGGAGCCGCGCUGUCAGCAUCAGGAGACGCUCACUUUGGCGAAGGUUCGGGUCCCGUUGUGACGCGGUAUGAUCGGUGCAGAUGGAUGGAGUCUGCUCUGAGGCGUUGUCCCUCAUGGGGUUGGCGUCAUUAUAACUGGAUUUCACACUCCCAUGAUGCCGGCGUCAUCUGCUCAGGUAAAUAAUUCAUUUUCUGAUCGUUUUUUAUUUCUCAUGUUUUCGGUAAACCACAACUUGAGAAAAUAGUAAAAUUUCCUGCGGUCAAUAUUAUAGCUUAUAAUUAAAUCUGGGAGGUGGCGUCCAUGCACCUCGAGUCAUUAUUCGGCGUCAGAGUUAUCGGUGUCAUCUGUUCAUGUAAAUAGCCCUACCUCUGAUUAUCACCUUGUACUCGCAGGGGAGAUUACGGGAGGUGGAGCGAAGGGUUGCGAGCACAAGUCCAAUUAGCUCAGAGAGAGAGCACAGGCGUGUCUUGAACACAAGCGGUGGUGUGGUCAGAGGAGGUGUGAGCACAGGGUUGCUGGAGCAGUGUGGGUUGUAAGAAUAGGGGAGGAUAUGCACAGCAGGGUGAGCCAAGUUGGUGUGACCACAGAGGGUUAACAAUCUAGGAAUGAGCGCAGAAGUUGAGUACAGGGGUGUGAGCUCAGGAAUGUCAGCACACGAUCGUGAGAAUACGGUGGAAGAACUGGCGGCUCAGAUCAUGGUGGAUGCUGAGAACAGGUGGUAAGCAUAUGGGCUGGGAGCACAGUGGCAUGGAGAGAAGAGGUGGGUAUUGUGAGCAGAAGUGGCGUGCAACAAGUGGGAGAAUAUGGGUCAAGUGCACGAUACGAGGCUUUCUACAGGGUGGGGUGAUGAGCACAUCGGGUGAGCACGGUGAAGCUGAGCAUAGGGGUAGCAUAAUGGUGGAGCACAGGGUGUUCAGCAAAAUGGGUUGUGCACAUGGGACUUAUGCACAUGAAAGGGUUGAGCAUAGGCAGCGGUGAGCACAGGGACAGUAAGAAUUGUGAGCGUCAGCAAAGGGGUGUGUGAACCCGGGGAGUGGGGGGCUGGGGCAAAGCAACCUAUGGAUGAGUAUAGGGGAAUGAUCAUAGGGGCGUAAAAGUAUGGGGAUGAGCACAGCAGGUUUGAGCAAACAGGCGCGAGCAGACGUUGGAGAGAAUAUUUUGGGUGAAAACAGUGGCGUUCAGAAAAGGGAGGUGAGGACAGAGAUGAGGGCUCAACGUGGGAAAGCAUAUAAAACAACUCAUUUGUUAAUAAUUGAGGACAUGGCGAGGGUUGAGGACAGAGUGGGAGCAGUAGGGAAGGUGAAAACCACGUUAGCGUAAGUACAUGGGAAG